UAAUCAAACAGAUAUCAGAAGAAGAACAGUAAGAAGAAGAAGAAGAGGAAGAAGAAGAAGAAGCAGCUGCUGCCAUGGUGCUGUCUAAGACCGCGUCUCAAACCGACGUCUCUGUUCACUCCACCUUCGCCUCUCGCUACGUCCGCGAUGCACUCCCAAGAUUUCGGAUGCCGGAGAAUUCGAUACCGAAGGAGGCAGCGUAUCAGAUCAUCAACGACGAGCUGAUGCUGGACGGGAACCCGCGGCUGAACCUCGCCUCCUUCGUCACGACGUGGAUGGAGCCGGAGUGCGACAAGCUCAUGAUGGCCGCCAUUAACAAGAACUACGUCGACAUGGACGAGUAUCCCGUCACCACUGAGCUCCAGAACCGAUGCGUGAACAUGAUUGCUCAUCUGUUCAAUGCUCCUCUGGGCGAGUCGGAGACUGCGGUCGGCGUCGGCACGGUCGGUUCCUCGGAAGCCAUAAUGCUCGCCGGAUUGGCCUUCAAGCGGAAAUGGCAGAACAAGAGGAAGGCGGAAGGAAAGCCCUAUGACAAGCCCAACAUCGUCACCGGCGCCAACGUCCAGGUCUGCUGGGAGAAGUUCGCCAGGUACUUCGAGGUGGAACUGAAGGAAGUGAAAUUGAGAGACGGGUACUACGUGAUGGACCCGGAGAAGGCGGUGGAACUGGUGGAUGAGAACACCAUCUGCGUCGCCGCCAUCCUCGGAUCCACCCUCAAUGGAGAAUUCGAAGAUGUGAAGCUUCUCGACCACCUCUUGACGGAGAAGAACAAGAAAACAGGGUGGGAGACGCCGAUCCACGUCGACGCUGCGAGCGGAGGGUUCAUCGCGCCGUUCCUGUACCCGGAACUGGAGUGGGAUUUCCGGCUGCCGCUGGUGAAGAGCAUCAACGUGAGCGGCCACAAAUACGGGCUGGUCUACGCCGGAAUUGGGUGGGUCAUCUGGCGGAACAAGGCCGACCUCCCCGAAGAGCUCAUCUUCCACAUCAACUACCUCGGCGCCGAUCAGCCCACCUUCACUCUCAACUUCUCCAAAGGAUCUAGCCAAGUCAUUGCUCAAUACUACCAGUUAAUUCGCUUGGGAUUCGAGGGCUACAAGAACGUGAUGGAGAACUGUCAGGAGAACGCGAUGGUGCUGAAGCAGGGGUUGGAGCGGACGGGGCGGUUCAACAUCGUGUCCAAGGACGACGGCGUGCCGCUGGUAGCCUUCUCCCUCAAGGACCGCAGCCGUCACAGCGAAUUCCAGGUCUCCGACUACCUCCGCCGCUUCGGCUGGAUCGUGCCGGCGUACACGAUGCCGCCCGACGCGGAGCACGUCACCGUGCUCCGCGUCGUCGUGCGCGAAGACUUUAGCCGCACCCUCGCGGAGCGGCUGGUGCUCGACGUGGAGAAGGUCCUGCACGAACUCGACGCGCUGCCGCCCAAGCUGGCGCCGCCCGUGGCGGUGAAGGCCACGGAGCUCGGUGGCCACAGAGAUUGCAGAAACGGGAAGAAGACGGAACUGGAGACGCAGAGGUCGGUGACUCAUGCUUGGAAGAAGUUCGUGCUGGCCAAGAAGAACACCAACCUCGUCUGCUAAUUAUUUGUCACAGAGCUUUAUAAUUUUUUUCCUAUUAGUCGUGUGCUAAUUUGAGGCGUAAGAUUUGGCAUAAUCAAUUAUGUGAGGCCACUAUAUGAAUCCAAUUCCAAUCUACUGCAAUACAAUAGAUUUUCUCCCUAA